AUGGCGUCACCGAUCAAGCUCGCAACGAUGGGAAUGUUCAUCAUCGACACUUUUCAAUUCAUCCAUCAUCAAACAGGCAAGGAUCUCGGCAACAAAGGGCUGCCAGAUCAGAUCGGCGGCGGGGGCUGCUACUUUGCUAUCGGUGCUCGUCCCUUUCUUCUGCCUUCGUCCAUUCAGAUGAUCGUCGAUCGGGGCUGUGAUUGGAAGGAUACAGAUCAAGCUGUGUUGGAUCGCUUCAAUCGCACUCCCUCUUCUUCCACUGGAGAACAUGGUUCGAUGUGGCGCUACAGGUCAAGGCCGGAUAAGACAACUCGAGCAGUUAACAGAUACACGGGUGAAUAUCGAGGAUUCGACUACCUCUCGCCCAAGAUUCGACUCGAGCCCAAGGAUUUGCUGCAAUGCAGCACGGUCAAGCCCCCCAAGUUGCCAGAAUGGAUCCACUUGAUAUGUUCGCCUGCGAGAGCGCUCGAGACCGUAGCUCAGAUUGAAGACAUACUUGGCAAAGAGGAAGGAGAGGUAAAGAAGAAUUGGCCAAAGCUGGUCUUUGAGCCAAUACCAGACUCUUGCGAGUUUGACAAUCUCGAUGGCUGCAUCAAGGUAUUGCCGAAGCUCAAGGUGUUCAGUCCGAAUCACGAAGAAGCAAUAGCGCUGUUAGGCCUGCAAGACGAGUGGGAGAAGCUGCUAGAUGGUCGAAAGAAGCGGUUGGAAAAGAAGAUCAUGACUUUUAUUAGGGACAAGGUUGCUGCUAAGUUUCUGGAUCAUCUGCUCAACCGAGACCCCGAGGCAAGAGAGAGAGCUAUGAACAGACAGCCAUUUGGACCAAUCAUCUGCAUCAGAUGUGGAGCUCGCGGGUCGGUGAUAGGCACAAUGUUCGCCCCCGGCUGGCACCAUAUCCCGGCAUGGCACACCGACGUUCCACCGACACAUACUCGCGACCCCGCAGCGAACACUCGCAUUUCUUCUUUGGGCGCUGAAUCCGACUGCCAAGCAGGAUCGUUAGAACUACCAGAGAUCAGCUCCAGCAAGAUUAAAGACGUGACGGGAGCAGGUAACUCUUUCCUCGGUGGGCUCACAGCCUAUCUUGCACAGACUGACGCUUAUACAUCAAUAGAUCAAACGGCCAGAAUCAGAGAGGCGGCGAUGCAUGGCUCUGUCUCUGCUUCAUUGAUCAUAGAGCAACAUGGUCUGCCGAGCUUUGAGGUUCGGGAUGGAAAGGAGCUGUGGAAUGGUCACACGGUCGAGGUGAGAAUGCGACUGUUGCGGCAGAGGGUGCCUAUGGGCUCAAUGAAAGACUAA